GCAGCCCGAGCUGGGAACCCAGAAAAGCAAAGAAGUCCUGGGACAGGCACGGCCGGGACAAGGAUUUGUGCAGCGUGGAACAACAGACAUCCUGCCGGGACAUUCCCGCCCUCCCCGUGCAGGACCCUGUGACAUGCCUAGGAAGGAGCUGGGGAUGGCUGGCUGCAACUCUGGCAGCUGUGACAGCAUGGUCAGCACAGCCUCCAACCACUCACAGUGUGGUGAUAAUGGUUAUGACUACUUGUCUGUGGAAGAGAAAGAGUGUUUGAUGUUCUUAGAAGAAACUAUUGGCUCACUGGAUGCAGAAGCAGACAGCGGAGUCUCUACUGAUGAGACCGACUAUGUGGAACCCUCCAAACUGCCCAGGACACAGCCUCAGAGAGACUCCAUUCCCCAGGAUUUGGAGAAUGGGGCUCCCCCUUCAAGCACAGGUCAGCAGCAUGGGGCUGAACAGAAGAGUGAGAAGAGCAUCUCAAAGUCAUCUCCAGCAGCAGUUCCAAGCCCUGGCUAUUACAGUCUUCCGAGGAGCAUGACUGUAUCAAAUGGAGCUUCUGACAGCAAAAUGACUGUCUGCACAGCAGAGGACCCGGUGCCAGUAGAUAAAUAUUCACAGGAGAUGGCCAAAGAGGACAACCUUGACCAAGCCAGCCCAAGAAGCCACAUGAAGUCUCCAGGAUCCUGGAUUAUCCAGCCUCCAGAUCCCUUCCAGGAUGACCUGGUGAGCCACGAGUGGUCACGUAGCAAUUGCUCAGAUGCCAAGAGAGAAACAGCCAAGGAGACCAAGACUUGGAUUUCAUGGAGCCAGACAGAGAAACCCACGUUGGAAGAGGCUCCUCAGGACCCUGAUGCUAAGCGUGGGCCUCCAACUGCCCCCAAACCACGAAAAUUGCCACCAAACAUUAUCCUGAAGACCAGCAAAAAUAGCCCCAUGCCACUCACCACGGAGCCCAGCCAAAAGGUAAAAGCAGCGAUUCCAUCCUCAGGCUGCUCUCAGCACAGCUCUGCCACUGACCCUCCUGCUGAAAAGGCGUCUUCGGGGCACCUGGACCCCAAGGAGAGGGAGAAAGCCCAUCGGGAGGCAUUGGAGAAGCUUGGGCUGUCCCAGGACAGGAAGGAGCCCAGCGCCCACCUUCAGCCUGCCACACACCCCCAGCCCAGGGCCACGCUGCCCCCCGUCCCCGGGGAGGCUGAGGCCGGCUGCGGGGCCGCGGCGAGGCCGGUGCCGGGGCUCCGGCAGAUGACCUUCAAGUCCAACACCCUGGAGCGCUCGGGCGUGGGGCUGAGCAGCUCCAUGGCCAGCACCAAGGAGCAGAGCGUCAAGACCAGCAGCUCCCUGGGCAAGAUGUCCUUCAUCGAGCGGCUCGCCCCCAGCUUCCUGAGGAGCAGCCGCCCGCGGCCCGUGUCGCUGGGGGCAGGGAAGGACUUUGCUGUGCUGAGGGAGCCCGGGCAGGCGGAGCAGGAGAAGAGCAGCAAGCGCCGCUCGCACCCGCUGCAGAGCUUCCCCCGGCCGCCCCGCGCCAGCGUCAGUGUGAAGAUCUCCCCCAAGGGCACGGCCGACGAGAACCGCAGAGAGGCACUGAAGAAGCUCGGGCUGCUGAAGGAAUAGCCCUGCGGCUGCCAGCGCUGCUGGAAAAGGGGCUUUUCACCCCAGACCCGGGUGCCUUCGCUGCCUGUCCUCGGGCAGCACAGCCAAAAGGGUCUUCUGCUGUGAUGUCCUGCCCCGGCGCCUUGGCAGAGGUACCGUGAGAGUUGGAGCUUCACACCAAAUCCAUGCCACGUGUACAUAACAUUCUGUACAUAGCAAGUGUAUAUGAGCUAUUUAUAUAAAGCAUCACUCAGCAUGUGGACGGGGCAUUUUCUUCUACAAAGUCUUUAAUGCAUUUGGGGAUUCACUGAAACAGGGAAGCCAUGGAAUUGGGAGUUUGGUUUCUUUUAAAAGGGGUUGCCCAUUGGUAAAGCCUCUCUGGGAAGAACUGCAGGACUCUGCUGCUCCUUCAGGAUUUUAUGAGGGUUUUUUAAAACUUAUCAAAACCUCUGAGGUCUGAGCACCCAGCUGCCCCACACAGGAGCUUUCCAACCUGGAUACAGCCUCCUGACAACCUGGAUAUUGCACUUAGAAGACGUACAAAUGUCCAUGUUCAUUACAAAGCCACAGUUAAGACGCGACAGACUGUGGUGGUGGCAGAGCUAGAAGUGCUGCCCAAAAUCAGAGAGAUGCAAAUCUAAGACAAUGCCAUUUUGUUCCCUCUCACUCUCCUUGCAUCUUUCAGACCCAGCUGAUGCUGCCUACUUUUGUUAUAAAAGUGGCUUAUUUCUGUAAUAAAUGUGUAUGUCAUCAGAACACGACUGUGUAAGACAGAUUUAUCCUGCAGGCAAAGCUCUGUUAAAGCUAAAUAACAAGACUUAAAUUUCAGUAUCUCAUGAGUUGAGGACUGUGAGUGACCCAGACAGCAGCUGAGCACUGCAAACGAUGGAGUCUUCCAUGGCACUGCCAGACUGAGUCAGGUAACACAGGACCUGCUGCUGCACCUGUCAAUCCCUUCCAACCUGCACCAUCUCCUGGGUCUGGGGGGGACACAGCAACAUAGAAUCCUUUUGGCUGGAAAAAGCUUUUGGAUCCUUGAGUCCAACCACUGACUUCACAGUGCCAAGCCCAGCACUAACCCGUGUCCCUGAACAUCUCCCACAGCAGCUGUGUUAGUUGUGCUGCAUUAAGAGCUGAACUUAAAAGGAUCAUUUUAUUUCCUUCACCAAAAAGAAAAUCUUCCAUGCAAUCCUGGCUUUCAGUGUGUGACAUCUAGAGGAGUCUCUGCUAAUAAAGCAAGUGCCUUAGUUGCUAACAGGCAAUUUA